UCCGCCAAACACCGUUUGCCGUAAAUCACUGGCCGCCGUCCCUGGUCUCUGAGGUGACUGGAGGGUAGCCUGGAGGCCAAAGGUAAGCGGCUGUGAUACUGAGGUUGGUAGCAGGUCAGGACUUGGCGAGCGUCUGCUGUGCCGCUGUUGAGCGGCGCCAAAGGGACCCAACUAGAGAGCCACCAAGGGAGCGUUACUCGGUCGGAUACAUGAAGAUGUAUUGUUAGCGGAUCGAUUCAACCCUCGCUCUCUCUCUCACCAUCUUGCUUUUCGGUUUUUUUUUUUUCAGUAUCCUUCUUGUCUUGCUGUGAUCUGUUGCGGAUGCCCCCAUGUUGGUGCGCUCAGGGGUAAGGGGAUCUGUGGUUCCCAUCGUUGUCCUGCUGCUGUGCAGUUGGCUGCUUGUCUUUCGAGGCCACCGCCAAUGGGGCUGGUUCCCAUCCGUAGAACCACCACUACCAUCCGUCGAGAUAGUCGUCGCCAGCCGCUCAACCGAGAAUACCUCCUGGGUACAUGAAUAUCUGCCGGGCUGGUUCCGCAGUAUCUAUGUGGUUGACGACCCCUCCGCGAAGCUCACCGUGCCCCAAAACAAGGGCCGCGAGGCCAUGGUCUACCUUACUCACAUAAUCAACUCCUACGACACGCUAGCUGAGACGACCGUCUUCGUCCAUGCCUCGCGCUUCGCCUGGCACAACGACGACCCAGAUUACGACGCCCUGAGCACUCUCCGCAACCUCAAGCCGGACUACGUCCAGGCCUCGGGCUAUGUCAACCUCCGCUGCGUCCAGAUCCUUGGCUGUCCCGUCGAGAUACGGCCGCACGACGACGCUGCCACCCAGGGGGAACGUGCCCCUGGUAUCUCAAACUCUGGCCGUCCGCUCACCACCAAGGAAAUCUACAAGCAGGCAUUCGAGGAGCUGAUGCCUGGUGUAGACGCCCCAAAAAAGGUGGGCGUCAGCUGCUGCUCACAGUUUGCUGUCUCGCGCGAAACUGUCCGGAGCCGGCCCAGGAAAGACUACACCCGUUACCGGAAGUGGCUUCUAGAGACGCCGCUCCAGGACGACUUGAGCGGGAGGGUGUUUGAGUAUAUGUGGCAUAUAAUAUUUGGCAAAGAAGCCGUGUUCUGCCCGUCCGCAGCCGAGUGCUAUUGCAAGCUGUUCGGUCUGUGCGACCUGAGAUGCGAUGAGAUGCAGUGCGAUGGGCGGUAUAUUUUGCCGAAAUAUUCCAACCUCCCGGACGGUUGGCCGAGAGUCGGUUGGUCAGGAGAGGCAAGGAACUUCUCUGGCCCACUAUGAAGCCCCGGAACGUCGAUGGCGUCAAGUCCUGCUGGAUGGCUUCUUGAUGACCGGCCUGGGAGUGCUGGUUGCCCAAAGUCCGUUUCGUCUUUUGAAUGUGUGUUGCGUUCGAACAAAUCACAGAGAGAUGUCUUUGUACGCACGCCGAGUAUGUAAGUCGUGGAUCGUGGAGACGAGAGUGAGUGCAGCGAGCUUGCUAGUCCAAGGGCAUUGAUGGGUG